AUGGCAUUUCAUCCCGACAAACACCCUGGGCAACAGAACAAAGAUUAUGCAGAACAAGCAUUUCAAGAAGUCCACAAAGCGUACCAAGUUCUCAGUGACCCUGAACAACGCUCUGUGUACGAUCACUUUGGUGAAGAAGGUCUUAGGUCUACAUGGACUGUAGCUGUUCCAGGUCAAACUCCUGCUGACAUGCGUGCAGAAUUCGAGCGUCAGUCAAGACUUCGCCAAGCAGCCGACGCCGAAAGCCUCGUAAACUCUCGUGGCGAAUUUAUUGCGGUCAUUAAUGCAACCUCUUUAUUCUUGCCAAACGUGCUCAAGACAUCACCACUUAGUCCUGCCAUCCGUCCUCGAUUGACUAUGGACAAACGCCUUGCGCUCGUGUCUUGCCCUCAAAUUAUCGGAAAGCAUGGCUUCGACAUACCUCUUACUGAACAAUCCAUGGUCUCAGUCUCUGGUCAAUUAAUGAGUCGUGGCCAGGCAGGUGGUGGCAACCUCAUUGGUACUCUAAAGACACAUUGGAGUCCACGCUUUUUUUCUGAGCUAAGUGCGUCACUCCUGCGCCCUCACAUCCUCACGGCCAAAGGCCAGUACAUGGUGGAUGAAAACAUGUUUUUCAACUAUGCUUUGGUGUCACAAACUAUCAACACGCCGCCAUCUUUGACCCUAACUUAUGCUCAAAGGCUAUCUAGUAAGUCAAGCCUCACAGGCUUCACGUCUUUUAAGUCGGGUGCCUAUACAAUUGGUAAUUGGGGAGCAGAUGAGAAUGGUGAGCCAAUAUACGAUGAUGUAAGUGCAAUGGUUGUUGGAACUACCAAGCAGCAUAUGGACGGCACUUCUUGGACGCUCCAAUGCGCAUUAUCUGGCAUGGACCAAUCCAUUGGCUAUGACUGGACGAUGAAGCUGCUGGGAGGCUUCAAAAUUAAGAGCGGCAUCACUUUAGGAACCAUGUCCGGGAUCUCUGCUUUCACGAAUAGUGAGCGUCGAGUCACUGAAAAUAUUCGCAUGUUACUUGGUGUCGAAUGCGGACUAGCAUCUGGUGUGCAGCUCAAACUUCGCGUCUCGCGCCUUGGACAACGCUUGGUUUUCCCCAUUAUCUUAUCACCAAACUUCCGUCCCGAUCUUGCUAUGUCGGCCGCACUAGUACCUGCAGUACUUAUGGCAUGUUCACAUUACUUCUAUUUCAAACCCAAGCAACGUCGGACGGCAGCCAAGCGCCUGGCUAAGGUUCGCAAUGAGAGAAUGGCUGAAAUCGAACAACGACGCACUUCAGCGGAACAGACUCGCGAGCUUCUGCGCCCCCAGGCCUGGAAGCGCGCAGAAGCUGAGCUCACACGCAAUGGCCUGGUCAUCGUACAAGCUUACUAUGGUCGACGCGAUGCAUUUCCCACUCUUGUUGACAUUGAUUUGAGUCGUAUCAAAGAUAAAAAAGAAAUUCUUCCACUUAUUCAGCAGAAAGGAGAGUAUAACGAUACGAAUGUGAACCAACCACUAUGGUGGGAUGUCCAAGUUCCCCUACAAAUGUUGGUGACCCAGAGCCAGCUUAUUAUUCCAGCUGGUCGAUCAAAGUCCAAGUUGAUUGGUUUCUUCGAUCCUUGCGUUGGCGAGCGCAAGCAGCUUUUGAUUCGUUAUGUGUUCCAAGGCGCUCUUCAUGAGCUGGUAGUUGACGAUGAAGAUGCAGUGGCUGCUCCUUUACGUAGUCAACAACUAAUGUAG